AUGACUUCUGAAAAGGCACUCGUGUGCUGCGGCAAGACAUUCACUCAGAAAGGCAACCACAAGAGACACACCAAGACCGUUCAUUCAGCACGCGUUAAAAUGCCCUGCGGUGGAUGGCUCAAGCCUAGGGCAGACAACAUGAAGCGCCAUAAGACACAGUGCGAGACAUGCAAAUGUCUUCGCAGUGGCCAUCUCGCUAGCCAGAACGACUCGGAAACCGAAUCAGAAAGCUUUCAGAGAGAGCUUCAUACUUCUCCAGCAUUCAUUGACCCGACUCACGUGGAGUCAACCACAGCCGAAGGAUUUGACCCACGACAUUUGGACACAGCUCCUCCAAUGGCAGACUGCAGUCAAGCAGGACGGACCUUCGUCUCAGCCAAUUUAGACUCGGCCAUUCCUGUUGAUACUGGAACCUGGACUGGCUUAAUCGACAGCAUCUUCGAAUCUCAGGUGCUGCCAACUUUAUUGCACACAACCCUCUCGAACGCAAUGGGACAACCCAUGGGCCUUGGUAGUGGCAACGUUGGAAACACUUCCACAUACUAUUGCCCGUACACUUGUGACGACUCAGUUAAUUUCGAAGAAGAAAACGCAUAG